AUGACUUUUCAAACGAUAGUUUUCGCCAUUCUGGCGUUGGCCUAUUUCAUGGUGAGAUGGCUCAAUCGAACAGAUAUAGCAAAGAUCAAAGGCUUGCCCGAAAUACCUGGAAUCCCAAUUUUCGGUAACCUGUUGCAAUUAGGAGACCAUCACGCAAAGGUGGCUGGGUCUUGGGUGAAGAAGUAUGGCCCAGUCUUCCAAGUCAGACUCGGCAACAGGCGUAUUGUCUUUGCCAACACCUUCGACUCUGUCAAAGAAUUGUGGAUCAAAAACCAGUCGGCUUUGAUCUCGCGGCCUACACUGUAUACUUUCCACAGCGUGGUAUCGAGUUCUCAAGGUUUCACCAUUGGCACGUCUCCAUGGGACGAGUCCUGCAAGCAGCGACGGAAGGCCGCGGCCACGGCUUUGAACAGACCUGCAGUACAAUCAUACAUGCCGAUCAUUGACCUCGAAAGCAAUGUUAGCAUCCGAGAUAUUGCAAAUGACUCGAAAGGAGGCUCGGUGGAUUUGGACCUUAGGCGUUACUUCCAUCGAUUUGCUCUGAACACAUCACUGACACUCAACUAUGGCAUUCGGAUUGACGGUUCCAUCGACGACGCGCUGCUCAGGGAGAUUGUCCACGUUGAGCGCGUCGUCAGCAACUUCCGAUCUACGUCGAACAAUUGGCAGGACUAUAUCCCGCUGUUGCGUCUGCCUUUAAUCUCCAAGCAGAACAAGUCUGCUGGCCAGUAUAGGGCAAGACGUGAUGCCUACAUGACGAAGCUGCUGGAUAUGCUCAAACAGAGAAUCGCGGAGGGCACUGACAAGCCGUGCAUUACCGGCAACAUUUUAAAAGACCCCGAGGCAAAGCUCAACGACGUAGAAAUCAAGUCCAUCUGCUUAACCAUGGUCAGCGCCGGAAUUGACACUGUCCCUGGAAAUUUGAUUAUGGCAUUGGCCUACCUAUCUUCUCCGCACGGGCAAGAAAUUCAGGAGCGGGCAUACCAGGAGAUUAUGAAUGUGUAUCCCAAUGAUGGAGAGGCAUGGGAGAAAUGCCUGGUUGAGGAGAAAGUACCGUACGUCUCAGCUUUUGUCAAAGAGACACUACGCUUUUGGACCGUGAUACCAGUUUCUCUCCCACGGACAAGCAUCAAGGACAUUAAGUGGCACGAUGUUGUGAUCCCCGCUGGCACCACCUUCUACAUGAACGCUUGGGCCGCAGAUUAUGACGUCACGCAUUUUAAGGACCCAGCCCAGUUCAUACCAGAGCGAUAUCUUGACAAUCCCGAUGGCACUGGAACACUCCAUUAUGCUUAUGGAGCUGGUUCGAGGAUGUGCGCUGGCACACAUCUGGCGAAUCGAGCGCUAUAUACAGCGUUCCUUAGGAUCUUUACAGCCUUCAAAAUUGUCCCGGGUAAGAAUCCAAGAGAAGCACCAAUCCUUGAUGCCCUGGAGUGCAAUGCUAUUCCUACGAGCCUGACCACGGAACCUAAGGAGUUCAAGGUUGGGUUUGGAGUGCGAAAUCAGGAGAGUCUGAACCAAUGGAUGAAGGAGAGUGACGAAAGAACCAAGGAUCUCUGA